GCGCGCGCUCUCUGCCCGCUCCGGCUGCAGCGCCCGCUGCAUCAAUAAUUCAGAGCGGCGGCGGCGGCAGCGGCGGCGACAGCGGCGAGUGCGGACAGGAGGCGGCGGCAACAGCGGGGACCAGGCAGCAGAGGCUAUGCAUCCAAGUGCGGCUGGCCGGCCGCGGCACCCCUGAGGCCCGGGCGGGGCUCCGGGUGCACCGCGCGAGGGGACGUUUGUCCUGGAGUCCGAGGGAGAGGCGUAGUGGCCCAGGAGGCGCCGGCGGAGCUGUACACAGAGCUGAGGAGGGGGCUUCGGAGCAGGGCUGGGGAGGGGGGCGGCUGGCUCUGGCAGCCCCCGGGGUGGGGGGCGGGGUGGGCGCCGGCGGCGCGAUGCUGGGAGUCGUGGAGCUGCUGCUGUUGGGGGCUGCGUGGCUGGCAGGCCCAGCCCGCGGGCAGAAUGAAACAGAGCCCAUCGUGCUGGAGGGCAAGUGUCUGGUGGUGUGUGACUCCAACCCCACGUCUGACCCAACGGGCACUGCUCUGGGCAUCUCCGUGCGCUCGGGCAGCGCCAAGGUGGCUUUCUCUGCCAUCAGGAGCACCAACCAUGAGCCGUCCGAGAUGAGUAAUCGCACCAUGAUCAUCUACUUCGACCAGGUACUAGUGAACAUCGGGAACAACUUUGACUCAGAACGGAGCACUUUCAUCGCCCCGCGCAAAGGAAUCUACAGUUUUAACUUCCACGUGGUGAAAGUCUACAACAGACAGACCAUCCAGGUGAGCCUCAUGUUGAAUGGGUGGCCGGUGAUUUCAGCCUUCGCUGGUGACCAAGACGUGACCCGCGAGGCCGCCAGCAAUGGCGUCCUCAUCCAGAUGGAGAAAGGCGACCGAGCAUACCUCAAGCUGGAGCGGGGGAACUUGAUGGGGGGCUGGAAAUAUUCAACUUUCUCUGGAUUCCUCGUGUUCCCUCUCUGA